GAUACAACGUCCGAUUCCUUUUCAGUCACAUGCUCAAAGAUAGCAGCAAAGUUGAGGUACUGGAGAACAGGAGACCUGGGACAUCCACGAGACAGAAAGGAGUCUUCAGUUGUAUGUCUAGGCAUGCAAUCACCAGUCAAACACCAUGGACAUGGAGCUUCAAGAGAACACCUGCAUGGAUAAAAUGAACAUACUCAGAUCACCCAUGCAACCUUCCUAUGAGUGAUACACAGAGGCAGAAAGCAUCCAACUGAACACAGGACACAAAUCAAAAUAUAAAAUCAAAAAGUUGGAAAUGUUUUCAAUCCUUGUGAUUUCAGAGGAAAAGCUGAAAAGACACAAAGAGGAACAAAGCAGAGAGACAUGCUAUGCACGUGGCUUUCGACAAUUGCUGGAGGAAUAGUGGUGCUGUGUGUCUCUCUGAAGAUCUUUUUCCCGUAUUUCUGGGAAGAUCUGAUUUACUUCUUGAGGCGGAAGAGAUUAAAGGCAAUGGUAAAGAAACGGGCAAGCCAUGGAAUUCUCUCCAUAAUUGACCUUUUCAUGCAGAGAGUGGGAAAGAUUCCCCACAAGCCAUUCCUCAUCUACGAAGGGAAGGUGCACACCUAUCAGGAUGUGGACAGGAGGAGUAACAGGGUAGCACAGGUUUUGCUACACUAUGGGAAUCUGAAAAAAGGUGACACUGUGGCCCUGCUGAUGGGUAAUGGACCUGACUUCAUCCACGUCUGGUUUGGGCUGGCCAAGCUGGGCUGUGUGGUGGCCUUUCUUAACUUCAAUGUGCACUCUAGAUCUCUCCUGCACUGCGUUGAUACAUGUGCAGCAAAAGCAUUGGUGAUAGGAGAAGAUUGUUUGGCAUCAACAGAGAAAGAAUUUAUUUUUCAUCUCUUGGAAAAUAAUGUUGCUGUCUGGCUGAUGAGCACCAGUUCUCCUUUCCAGCAUGUUCACACUAUACCAGACAAACUAGACAAGGUGCCAGACCACCCUGUUCCAUCUCACCUUAAAGUUGUCACUAACAUAAGAAACACAGCUAUGUAUAUCUUCACAUCUGGAAGUACAGGUUUCCCAAAAGCUGCUAUCAUCACUCAUCUAAGAGCUCUAUCUGCCAGCUUACUAUUUACUCAGUGUGGUGCGGUUUCUCAGGAUAUUAUGUAUCUCACUCUUCCCUUGUACCACAUAAGUGCUUCUCUUCUUGGCAUCAGCGGAUGCAUUGAAUUAGGAGCAACUUGUGUUUUGAAGAAGAAAUUCUCUGCCAGUCAGUUUUGGAAUGACUGUAGAAAAUACAAUGUUACAAUGUUUUUGUACAUAGGAGAACUCUGUCGCUACCUCUGUAACCAGCCCACUAAAGAAGAGGACAGAGUUCACAAAGUGCGCAUUGCUCUAGGAAAUGGUAUCAGACCUGCUGUCUGGAAAGAAUUUCUGAUGAGGUUUGGCCCAAUUAAAAUAUUUGAAUUCUAUGGAUCCACAGAAGGGAAUCUUGGUUUCUUGAACUAUACUAAUAAAAUAGGAGCUGUGGGCCGUGCUGGCGUCUUCUCAAAGUUCCUACAUUCUUUUGAGUUGUUGAAAUAUGAUGUCUGGAAACAAGAACUUAUGAUGGAUGAAAACGGAAGGUGUAAGAAAGCACCCACAGGUAAACCUGGUCUUCUAGUUGUCCAAGUUACUCAGGAUGCCCCAUUUUCUGGAUAUGCUGGAAAUAACGAAGCCUCAGAGAAGAAACUCCUGCGUAAUGUGUUUGUGGAAGGAGAUGUGUAUUUUAACACAGGAGACCUCCUAGUGAUGGAUGAAGAUGGCUUCCUCUACUUCACUGACCGGGUGGGAGACACUUUCAGGUGGAAAGGAGAAAAUGUUGCUACUGUAGAAGUCGCGGAGAUCAUUAGCAUGAUGGAUUUUGUCCAAGAAGUUAAUGUUUAUGGUGUAAGCAUAGAAAACUAUGAAGGAAGAACAGGGAUGGCAGCUAUUGUGCUUAAACCUGACCGAUCUUUUGAUGGAGAAAGACUUUACAAGCAUGUUGUGGACUUUCUUCCAAGUUACGCCCAACCACGCUUCAUAAGAAUCAUGGUACUUUCCACGAUCAUAUCAGACUUCAGCAUCUUGUCUGUUUUCUUGCAUUGUUUCUUUCUCGUAUCAGCAAACACCCAGUUGAAAACAGUAUCGGUAACAUCUCUUCAUUUUGUUAUUUCAAAUUCCUGUAUGGAUGACUUUGCUUAUGUUUUGGAGGAAGACAUGCACUCAAUUUUGAAAAUGAUAUUACCUAAGAAACUUACUUUCCUAGAAUUCCACUAGGGACUGUACCGCAGCCUUAAACAAUGACAACAGCUGAAACUCAGUGUUUAAACCAGAGUCAAAUCACCAUUAUAAAAAUUUAUUUAAAAUAAUACAAGAAUAAUUUUUAGUACAGAAAAGCUUUUAAAUAUAUGAUUUAUUAACGUAUGUCACAGACAGGUAUAAAUGAGUGACCUAUAGAAUAAGAAGACCCUUAAAGAAAUAGAAAGACAGAAUAUUUCAUAUGCAGACCAAAAUGUUUCUAGCAAUAGGAAAGAAAUCCUGUAAGAGACAAAAAAAAAUCCUUAACACAUUAAUAAUUUCAACAAUAAAUAGAGAGGGCACUAAUUUCUUUAUUCAAAACCUGUAAUCCUUUUAGCUGCAAGGAUACCAGGACUUUUAUUUGCUGGUAAUGCUCCUUUUUUAAUUUUUUUUCAAGAUUUGAAGAAAGUAGGUGAUACUUACAUGUUUUUGCCAUGCUAGAAGCAGAAAGAAAUCACCUCUGGAAAGAAGUUCAGAAGACGGUGUGUUCAUAUAUGAAUGUAUGUGCUACAGCUCUAUUUGCACAGAAGUGUACAUACAUACUACAAGUGAUUAAGUUUGUAUAGGCUUGAUGCUGCCUUGUGUUAAUGCUGUGUACCAGUAAAAAGGACACAGAGAGAUAUCUAUGAUUUGUAUGUAAGUAAACUAUUUGGCAAAGACAUGCAUCUUGUAAUUUGUUUACACUUUUGAGAUAUAGAGCUUGUUACUGUCACUGAUCUUUUUUCUCCAAUAUAAUUCUUGGGCGCUGAUCAGAUUCUGUGGUCUGUUCCACACAGCAGCUGAAUACAUUUCUUAACAUCAAGGAUCGGGCCCAUGUUGGGUGGUCACAAACAUAACAGUCCUUCAGCCUCCAGAGAAUGUUUCUACUGGCCUGAUGUACAGCACCACAAAUUCAUCAUUCUGCUGUUCAUGUACAUGAUUUAACUUGUGCAAGAACCUACCUAUGAAUAAAUCUGGGUUUUUUUUUUAGUUGAAAAGCAAGUUAAAUAUUCAAAAUAUUCCCUGUGAGACCAGCUCAACAAGAGAACACAUACGGGAGGGAACUCAUUAAAAAGAAAACCCAACCCUCCCACUGCCUCUUUUGGAAGAAAUCGAAGUAGAAGUUUCUUGAUAUUCAGCCACAAAUCUUUGGAGUCUUGACAGCUAAGAAGCACAGGAACCUGGAAACCUUGCACAUCCAGAAACCUGAGAAGUUUUACCCUGUGAAGAUAGCAGGCAGUGCAGGAGCUCCAAGCCUCAGGCAGGCAGGUAAACAAACUGCCAGAAAGCAGCCUGAACAAACAUUCAGGGGCAACUGAAGCAUUGCAUGACAUUCUAACUCACAUUCUACAUGCUGAUUUUAAAAUGUCGCCGUGGUUCUACAUGGCACUGCUAAUUUUAUCUGGCAUCGCUAGUGUUCUCUUAGACUUAAAAGCACUUGUUUGUAUGUUUUCUUUGAUAGGACUAGAUUAACGAUAAAAUUUUUAGACGUCAAACAAGUUUGACAUCUUGUAAUAUUUUCUACAAAUAGUGAUUUUAACUAAAAUAACACAAAAAUCAAAUUACCUAAUUCUGUAAUUGUUGGCUUAUUACACUAAACACCCUGCUUUAAGUCAACAGCAACAAAAAUACAGACCAUUUUACAAGCUUAAAAGAAAACAUAAAUCUCAUUAGCAGAAAAAGGUAUUUAUAUUGAGAAGAAAAAUCUAAAAGGUUCAUUUGCAUCCAGUUAAAAAAAAAUUAUAACUGCUGUUUUGAAAUAUACAAAUAAGGCAAACUUUAACACAUGCAUCAUGAUUAAACUUCGACAGUCGACAACAAAGGAAUGUCACAUCUGCUGAAAAUAUGCUAAUAUCCUUCACACACAGCAGAGAGGGGUAAGCAAAUUUUAGUCCAAGUAGUCUGAGCUGCUGACGAGUCCUCAUGCAAUAUAGCAACAUGAAGACCAGAGUCUGGUACCUAAACAUACUGAAAUUAGACAAAAUAAAGAAAUAAAAGUUCUAAGAUGAGGGAUCAUCUUUGCUUAAUUGCAGGAAAGAUUGGCUAAUCCCAAAUGGACAUGAAGAAAAAUCUUUCCAGUUAAAGUCUUUGAUAUUGCCUUACUUUAGUUUGACUUUUAUUCAAGAAUCAUAUUUAUACUAUCUUCAGAGGUCUUACAGAUAAAUCAAAAUUCUCAGAGGCCUCAAGUCAAGGAGAAAGGAAGGUGCUUACAAAAAAGACUAAAUGAGAGUUUUAAACUGUUUCUUGGGAUCUUAAAUAACAGAUCUCUAAAAAAUGAGUGAAGCAAAGUGUUAUGAAGGAAUUUAUAGCCUUUUCAAUAACAGAAAUAUGAUAACAACAUAGCUUCUAUUACUUUUUACUACACUGGUAUAUUGACAAAAGCAUUUAUCCUUUUCAUAGGAAUUAUAAAAUUUCCCUAAAACAGCGACUUUCUGAAAGCAACACUGGUGCCAACUUAAGAAAGUCUGACAAAAUAACUAAAUUAAUUUCAAUUGUUGUCUUGACCAUUAUCAUCAUAACAAUUGUCGUAUGAAGGUAUGGGCCCAUUUAAUAACAGAUACUGGUACGGUCGUUUAUAUUGUCUGCAUCUUAGAGCUCAUUCAUUCCCGCAUAUGAUGACAGUUGUAGCUCUUCAAAUAAGAGCACUGAAGAAAUCUAGAUUAUGUUCUAAAAUAAUCUCCAGUGUAGGCUGCUUCUUGAUCUAAGACACAUAAUACGCUACAGUCCACAACUGAACUUUAAAGAAUAAAUGGAAUCACAAGAAUUAGCAGCCUGAAACUCCCUACAUUUAAAAAAAACACCUGUUCUUUACUUGUACAAAGUAGAUGGUAUAAAAUUUUCACCUGUUCUCACUCUGUAUGUAUCCUUAUUUUUUUACAUACUUUUUUCUUUCUGUUAAGUGGACAUCUACACUGACACAUAAAUACUAACAAUAUGUAUGCAUUUCACAUGAAUUACAAUAUAGAGAAUCCUUAUCCAAAUUCCUCUGUACUUUUACUCCAGGACAUAAGUAAAGCUAAAGCUAUAGGAUUGAUCUACUUUUCUCAAUAAGGAAAUCAGGAAGAUAAGAAGAUAAUAAUGAGGAAAAAUGUCAAUAUCAAUAAAUUGGGAGUCUCAGCCACCUUCCCCAAAAAUGACAGAAAUACAAGGACCCAGUAAAAAUGAACAGAGUUAGAUAAUCUUAACACAAGUACCACUUCCACUGUAAAAACCCCUAAACAUUCUAUAGUAUGCCUUGAGGCCUGGGUCUUUUUUUCAGAAAGAAGAGCAACAACAAUAUGGCAAAGGUAUUAAAGACUUUCAGGGACAGAGAUACUAAUGCAGCCUUACAGGGGUGUUUGUGAGAGAGCUGAAAGGGACAAUGAUUUCUGUGGUAUUCUGCUUCUGAAUGUUAGAGACAGUAAAAGAACAACUGAAGUCUGCCUUUUGAGAGGAAGAACAGAAAAAGGUAUUCUGUAGCAACAGGUUUUUAUAGUAAUUUUUUUUCUGCCAGCCCUGUCAAAUGGCUUUUCUACACAUACAGCAGUAUUUAGCAAUUUCGACUGACAAUACUUUAAAAAAAAUGCUACGUUCUGCGUUGAAAAACUGUUUAAAAGUAACAGAACUCUUGAUUGUGGUGGAACAUUUAAUGGAAAAUUCUAUUAAUUGGUUAUUCUUUUACCUAGAUUAUACUUAGCGAUACCUCUCAUAUAAUUUUUCUGAUCUGUUUUUGAAAUUUUAAGGAGAUGAUUCUUGAAUUUUUACUAAAAAUCAACUAUGGCAGCCUUUCUCAAAAUACUUCACUAGCCCGUAAUUUCUGAAUAUGCCAUUUGCAAAGCAUGCAAAUUAAGUAAUUUUGUUAUUAAAUAAACACAGAUAAAUAUGGAGUAACCAAAUACUGAGUAUUCUCAACAAUCAUUCAGAAAUGGAUUUUUAGCAACUCCCAGAUGGAACCUUUACUCCUUUCCAACGUAAGAGCCCCAAAUAAGUAAUAAGGCUCUAAAAUCCUUCAUAAAAACUGAUAUGAACAAAGAAUGUAUUUGUUAAAUAUUUAGGCAUAGCAAAGACUUCUGAACUUUAACUUCAGAAAAACAAAGAAUCACAAGUGAGAGUUACCAUCAGGUCUCGUGACACGUACUGUGGUGUGUUGCUUCUCUCCUUACCAGCACAGCAUUUCCUCAACCUGUGACAAUGCAAAGAGCAUAUACCCACCUUUGGAAGCCACUGUAGUGCUGCGGGACAGGAAGGGGACAAGAUAAAGCGUGCAGCAUGUCAUUGGCCUCUCUAUCCUUCCUGCUACCCUUUACCCCACGUCUGCCUUCAUUCUUUCUUGCCACCAUUGCCAGAAGAAGUCUAAGGCAAAAAAACCCCAACCCUUGCUGUUUUACUGGGUGAGAGAUCUUCACUAAGCUACUUAGAGAAGAGAGUGCAUGCGAAAAGUGACUUAUUGCCAUGCCUGAGCCUGUGCUGUCUAGGCAGAUUGCUGCAGUCACUCCUGUCACAAAUGUGAAAUUCUUCUGCUGUCUGUGUUUUUUUCUUCCUCCAUCUAGGCAAUUCUCUGCUUUGCUUAGCCCCCAAGCUAAUCAGGCUCAAACCUUCCUGCCUUGGCAUUCUGUAGCAAUUGCAAAAGCAACUCUUAAGUUCCCCAAGUUGUUAUUUUUCAGCUAUCAUGGUUUACAGACACAGGGAAACAUAGGAAGCCAUACUAACCACAAAUUAUUCCAGUCAGACCAUGUUGGCUGGUCAUCUUUGCACAUCUCUGGAUGGACAGCUGACCUUCUGAAAGCUUCCAGAAUUCCUUUUGCUUUCAGUCGUAAGCGGAGCUGACUUCCUCAUGUUAAAGCAAUUUUCAGUGCUGUCGGCACAGCAGCACCUGAGUAGACAGUGUGCUAGCCCAGAAAAUACAAAAUGGGAGUACCUCAGCAUGUAUUAGUACUUCACUGACCACUAACACUCAUGCAUUAAGGGGAUUGUUAAGACUGUUGAGCCAGGACUACGAAGCUGCAAUAUGUUUAAUGGACUAGUGUACAGUACAGGUUACUAAUGUUCGUUACAGUAAGCCCUUUAAAAAAAAAAAAAAUUGUCCACUGUACACAGACAUAUCCUUGAAAAUUACUUUUUCAACACCCUGGCAUGAAAGUUACAUUUUGCAACAAGAUCAUUCAUAUAGAUAUAAAAAGUUAUUAAACUGCAUCCAACUGAAGUUUUUGGCAAGGAAAUCCCUUUCAGAAACAAAAGCAUAGUUAUUUGCUCACAUAAGGCUGAUCUUUUAUAAGUGUCUGUACUUGCCUUGUUGUUACUACUUUCUUUUUUCUUUUAUUGCCAGGCCAGCAUUUGAAGAUACCUACAUAUUUACCACCCCAUUUUUAAGAUAACCACUUAAUAACAUAGACACACCCCAGGCAGCUAGAAACUACGAAAAUGGACAAUUUGUCUGAAAUGGUCAUGGCUUACAGCUUAGAAACACCACAAAAUGACAAACAAAAAUUAUUUUCUCUGCAUGUAGUACUGACUAUAUCAAAUAAAUGCAAAGUUAAUGACAUUAAACUAUCUUGAUUGAGUCACCUUAUUCGUUCCUCAUUAACUUCAUGAGGUUUAUCAAUCAUGGUGGCUAUCAAAUCAAUGUUUUCAGAAAUCUGCUGAAGACAUAAGGCUCCAGCUGGAGUCAGAGUGCACUGCAGCAUCUUAGAACCUGUGAGAAUCAAGUCCCAAGUGUCACUAGCUGGCCUUAACGGCCCUGACCAACAGGCACCUGGGAUCUCCUCCCCUCCACCCAAAGGCUCUAUUUAAGCUCAGGCCUGGGCAGCCACUCCUACCUGAACUAUGCUGUUCUGUGGAUGGACCUUGGUGUAUCCUCAUCUCUAGUCUUACCUCUGGCCUCAUCUCCUGUCUGGACUCACUGGAUGCAGCCUGGACCUGAUUCACCCCUGUGCCUUGUCUGGAACUGCUGACAGCCCCUGUGUUGAUGUACUCCAGACCCUGGUGUGUUCAGGUGCAGCAGGACUGCUCUCUGGUCAGGGAGGGCGCUACCACCUGUGUUGUGGGCAUCCUCAGCACCUGUUUUGUCCCACAGCUUGUUGGAUAGCCCUUCUAUUGCUUCUUGGUGACACUGACUAUAUGAAAUACAGCCACAGUAAUGUGAAGUGUGAGUUUUCUCUUGAGUCAUCUCUCAGAGUAAGCUGCCUUGUGAAGGGGGAAAGGAGAUUAGCAGGAAAAAAGGGGAACACAAAGAGCAUGUCCAACAUUGCCUCAGGCAAGCCUGAAAUUC